AGUCUUAUAGAACUAUAUCUGAAAAAUUAAAAGAUUAUGGAAGUAAACACACUUUCAGAAUCUAUAGUGAUAAGAACUUAACUUCCCAGCAUCUUAAACUGCUUUCAAGAAUUGCAUUAAGGCAAGAAUCUGAUCACCUUAAUGCAGGUGAUAAUUAUGCUAUAGGUGAUAUAGAAUCAGAGGAGUCUAGCUCUAAAUCUGAUCACAACCUAGAGCUGAAAUCAAAGUCUUCAGAUGAUGAUGACCGUCCCUCUCAAGAAGAAGAUAAAGGUAUUCCUGAUCUGAAAGAUACAGAUAUCAACAAUUCAAAAAAAUGGAAACUGCCUUCAGGGCUAUAUGUAGGCGAAAUUUUCGAUGAAAAUGUAUCUGCCAGCACAAAAAAAUUUUCUGCUGAGGAUACAAAAUUCAUGGCGAAAAGUUAUGCUGAUCUGUUAAAGGUUCCUCAGUUGCUGGCAAAAGAAAAUUCAUUCAUAUCGAAAGUUGAAAGUAUGGUACUUAAGGGAGAUGUGAACGGUGCAUACAAGCUUUGCAUUGAAAACUAUGUUGAUUCUGAAGAAAACGGCUAUAUGCACAAAAUAAGUAAGAUAUAUGCCGAGUUUAUUUAUAGAAGCAAGAACAAAGUCGAUAUCCUGGAUUAUGCAGGAGAUACGCACACAGAACUUGAUGUCAUCAUGAAGGCUUUCGGGUAUAUUAUUGAAGGACUGAAUUCUGGUUUUGAAAUACAUCAAAAAUGGUCUGCCAGGGUUAACCAGUCUAUUAUGAAUGGAUUACUAAAUCUCAACAUCACUGAUGAACAGAGUAAAAAUAUUAAAGUGCCCUUUGUGCAAGUAUGCGGCACAAGUGGCCAAAUGUUAAUUGAAGAUUUGGUUGAGGGAUUCUAUGUGGUAUUUCCUGGACCGAAAUUUGAGCUUCCAACAAGACUUCAACAUAUUAAAAAACUCAAAUCUGCCGUCAAUACUAUAAAUUUUAUUAUG